CUGAGAAACCCAAUCGCAUAUCCAAUUCCACCUUAUGUGAUUAUGUCCUCCCCCCCUCCUCUUUUCUUCCUUGUAUAAAAACUACCUUCCCUUGUUCCCACGUCUCCUUUGCCCCCUUUUCUCUCUCUUUUCUCUUCUCUCUCUCUCUCUCUCUCUCUCCGUGUUUCUCGUGUGAGAUGCCACAGGUCGACCUCGAAACCCUAGUUUGCGGCGGCGGCGGCAGCGACGGCAAGGUGUCCUGCGAAACCCUAAUCGGCGGCGGAGGCGGAGAGGAGACGGCGGCGGCGGCGGCGGCGGCGGAGGACCUGGACCUCCCGGCGGAGUCGUAUAGGCUGCGGAUCGGGGAGGAUGUCGAUUGGACGGAUGUGAGCGCCGUGUACGAUCGGGACGACUCCACGAAGGGGAACACGAACCCUAAGUCGCAGCAGCACCAGCUGGCGAACCCUAGCAAGGCGAGGUCCAAUUCGCAGCGGUUCUCGGGGAAUCUGAAGGCGAAGGCGCCCCCGAUCAUCGGCCUCCCGGGGAAGAUCCAGCACUCGAGCUACCUCGGGAGCAGCGCGCGGCGCCCCGCCGCGGUGAGGAUCUUCCCGAAGAAGGCGAGGACGGGGGCCGGGGGGAGGAAGCCCGCGGUGCCGGAGUCCGAGCCCGCCUCGCCUAAGGUCUCGUGCAUCGGGAAGGUGCUCUCCGAGAGGGAGAGGGACCGGCGCAGGCGGAGGCGCCGGGGAUCGGCGGAGGAAAUGGAGGAGGACGACGAGGGGCGGAGCGGCUGCUGGGGAGGCUUGGUGGCGGCGCUCCGCUGCGCCGCCCGGUGCGGCGGCGGAGGCGGCCACGGCGGGGAUACGGCGGAGGACUCCGCGCCGUCGCCGUCGAGAGACUCUACGGCGAACCUGGGGAGGGUUGCGGCGCCGGAGGAGGCGGCGCCGCCGCAGGGGCCGCCGGGGCUGGGAGGGAUGCAGCGGUUCUCGUCGGGGAGGAGGGAGGCGUCGUGGGGAGGGGACUUGGGCGUGGAGGGCGACGGACGCGUGGCGUUCUCGGCGCCGUUGGAUCAGGAGGAGGCAGCGACCCGGCGGAGGUCGGUGGGGUCCAUUGAAGAUGCUCAGCACGAUUCGGAUUGAGGGGGGAGUGGGGGAUCGUCCUUUGUUUGAACGAACUGCUUUUGUACCUGCGUAUCCUAAAAAGUGUCUUUUCUUUUCUUUUU